CGUUGUACUCCUCGUGGUUAAUAUUAAGAUCAUGUAUAGCUUUCCGUGAGGAUGAUUUAAUUCUGUUGUUAAAAAAAACUCUUGAUGUAAACUUAUGUAGGGGAGGUAUCUGUGUUGUGACACUAACAAGGCGGAUAAAUUGAAAGCCAGACAUGCGGGGUUUUAUUUACCAUCAAUCAUAGGAGUGAUCUAAUUCAUCUUGUAUGACUUGGCAGCAGACAAGCUGCAUUGCAGCAGAGGGAGUUCAGGCAGCUUUUUAAUAUUGAUCAGUACAAUGAAGUAUACUGAAAGCUCUGUGCAGUUCAUUUUCAUGAUGACAGAACACAACUUCAUGUGGCAGUGCUGGAGAGAGUUGGAUCUGUGAUGCCCUUGCAAACAAAAGACAGCAUAUAGCAAACCAAAAACCUUUUGUCUUUUUUUUUCUUCAUAAGCUCAGUGUAAGAGGUUUCUUACAGAACACUUGUAUCAGGCAAAUGCAAUUAGCAAAUGGAGUUUCCGGAAAACACGCCAUCAGAUUUAAAGGAGGAUGAUGUGGACCUGGAAGCCCUGGUCAAUGACAUGACCUUAUCGCUUGAAAACUUGACCUCCACAGUCAGUACACAGACUGAAUUAUUACCACUCCUGCCAAAUGGUCAGUUCACACGCAGCUAUGUACCCACCUCAGGAAUCAGUCCGCAGCAACCAGCGUCUCCAAGGCAGAAAGUACGCAGGUCUCAGCCUAUGCACAUUUCAGCAGUCAGACGACUACAGGAGGAAGAGCAGCAAUUUCGAACAUCAUCUUUGCCAGCUAUCCCAAACCCCUUUCCAGAACUUUGCAGUCCUGCUGGUUCACCUGUAUUGUCACCUGGAUCUUUACCUCAGGGUAAACCAAAUGCUAAAUAUAUUAUCAAAGUUUAUAGUGAAGAUGGAACGAGCAAGGCAGUCGAGAUUCCUGCAAGCAUGACAGCGAGGGAUGUCAGCCAGCUACUUGUUUAUAAAAGUCACUGUGUGGACGAUAACUGCUGGACCCUUGUUGAAAAUCACCCCCAGCUAGGAUUAGAGAGGUGCUUAGAAGACCAUGAGCUUGUAGCCCAGGUUCAGUCAACUAUGGGAGCCGACAGCAAAUUCUUAUUUAGGAAGAAUUAUGCAAAAUAUGAAUUUUUUAAAAAUCCUACUAACUACUUUCCAGAUCAGAUGGUGACAUGGUGUCAGGAAGCAAAUGGCAGUAUUCCACAGGCACAGUUCUUACAGAAGUUUCUGAACUCCACUAGCUGUCCUGAAAUUCAGGGUUUCUUGCACGUAAAAGAACUCGGCAAAAAGUCUUGGAAGAAGUUAUUUGUAUGCUUGAGGAGAUCUGGCUUCUAUUAUUCUACAAAAGGAACAUCCAAGGAACCGAGACAUUUGCAGCUUAUUGCUGACCUUGAAGACAGUAACGUAUUUUCCUCCAUUAACGGCAAGAAGAUGUAUAACGCACCUACCGACUAUGGAUUCUGUAUAAAGCCCAACAAGGUAAGAAAUGAAACCAAGGAGCUGAGGCUGCUAUGUGCAGAAGAUGAACAGAUGAAGACCUGUUGGAUAACUGCAUUCAGGCUCUUAAAGUAUGGAUCAUUGUUGCACCAGAACUAUUUGAUUCCACUGCAGAGAAAAACAAGGCAGUCCCAUUUUUCUGCUCCAGUGAGAAGUAUAUCUGAAAACUCAUUGGUAGCAAUGGAUUUUUCUGGGCGUACAGGACGAGUUAUAGAAAACCCUGAAGAAGCACACACUGCAGCCAUGGAAGAGGGGAAUGCUUGGAGGAAACGAAGUGCAAGAGUGAACGUCGUGGGCAGUCCGAGUGCCCUUCAUCCUUCCCCUCUCAGUACAGUAAUUCACAAAACACAACCUUGGUUUCAUGGAAGAAUCUCCAGAGAAGAAUCACACAGACUGAUCUCCCAGCAAGGACUAGUGGAUGGCUUAUUUCUUCUCAGAGAUAGUCAGAGUAGCCCCAGAACAUUUGUACUUACACUGUGCCAUCAUCAGAAAAUCAAGCAUUUCCAAAUAAUGCCAUCUGAAGAAGAUGGGCAGGUGUUAUUCAGCCUUGAUGACGGAUAUACCAAAUUCACUGACCUUAUCCAGCUUGUUGACUUCUACCAGCUAAAUAAAGGAAUUCUUCCUUGCAAACUUAAACACCACUGCACCAGAGUGGCCUUAUGACCUUAGACUUGCCUUUAUUUUUAGAAAAAAUUUCUACCUUGACGUUUAUGAUAAAGCUAUUGAGAAGUCUACGGGACCAGCAAGCUUGUGACUUGGAUGUUAUAAAUUGAUUGUCCACUCAUGACUUAUCCAAAACAGAUCAAUGGAUUAGCUGUUGCCAAUAAAACUGGAUAUACUGGCAUGCAAAAAUGAAAAACUGUUGUGAGUGAAUUUCUGCAAAAGUGUGUGUGUGUGUGUGUGUGUGUGUGUGUGUGUGUGUGUGUGUGUGUGUGUGUGUGUGUGCAUGUGUGUGUGUGCAUGCAUGCAUGCUCAUGCGUGUGCUUUUUUCCCAGGUGCAGGGGGGGUUUGUUGUUUUAAACAACGUGUUUAAUUUUUUUAUUUAGUCGACUGGAAUUGAUCUUCAGGCUGGGCCACUUAAAUAUUAGGAUAUGAAGAAAAUCCAUUGAGAGGAAAAAAAAAAACUCUUGCCCUGGAAUAACCUUGACAAGUUUUUGAUAAAGCUGAUGUGUGUUUACGUUUAGAUAAAAAGACAUGACUGUUUAUGUGA